UUUGAUUUAUUACUUAAAAAAAAAACUCCAUGUUAGUUAUCAUCGUUUUUCCAUUGCCUAAAUGAAUGGAAAGCUUGAUGUUCAAAAAAAAAAAAGACAAAAAAACGUACCAUUCAAUAACACUUAUAAUUCAAUAAAAUUCGUAUCUACCACGCCCCAAAAGAUAGCUCUAAAAAUCAGUAAAACAAAUAAAAUGUAAAUAAAAUUCAUCUCUCUCUCCCUCAACAGUCUUUCACACAAGUCAAAGUCACACACAUUAUUAUCAAAUUUUCCUGCAGAGGAGUCACACCAAAACCAGAUUACCACAAAACCUCUCUCUCUCUUCUCUCUCUCUCACUAGCUCGAACUCAAAAAACGGUUAGAGAGAUUUAGCUCACAAAGACUCAAAUGCCGUCGGAGUUAUCGUACAAAGUCCACCGUCCGGCGAAAUCCGGAGUAUGUCGACGAGACUCAAGCCCCGACUCUAUAAUCUUCACACCGGAAUCAAAUCUCAGUCUCUUCUCUUCCGCUUCCGUCAGUGUCGAUCGUUGCUCUUCCACCUCCGACGCUCACGACCGUGACUCUCUCAUCUCCGCUCCUUCUCUGGAGCGAGAUCAGAGGGUAAGUUCAAGCUGCAAAGAUCUAGAUCUAGACAAGCGUGGUACAGGGUGGAAGAAUAGUUGUAACUCUAGAAAAUCAAAUAAAGUAAAAGCAGCUUGGAAAGAGGAGUUUGAGGUGAAUAAGGAUGAUGAGAGCCAGAAUCUUGAUUCAGCUAGGAGUUCUUUUUCUGUAGCUCUUAGAGAAUGUCAGGAACGAAGAUCUAGAUCUGAAGCGCUGGCGAAAAAGUUAGAUUACCAAAGGACUGUUUCGUUGGAUCUUAGUAAUGUAACCUCUUCGUCUCCGCGAGUGGUGAAUGUUAAGAGAGCUUCAGUUUCAACUAAUAAAUCGAGUGUGUUUCCUAGUCCUGGAACUCCGACUUAUCUGCAUAGUAUGCAAAAGGGUUGGAGUUCAGAAAGAGUACCUUUACGUUCAAACGGAGGAAGAAGUCCGCCCAAUGCUGGGAUUUUACCUUUGUAUAGUGGUAGAACGGUUCCUUCUAAGUGGGAAGAUGCAGAGAGAUGGAUAGUUAGUCCUCUUGCUAAGGAAGGAGCUACCCGAACUUCAUUUGGAGCAUCGCAUGAAAGGCGACCUAAAGCAAAGAGUGGUCCGUUAGGACCUGCAGGAUUUGCAUAUUAUUCUUUGUAUUCCCCUGCGGUUCCUAUGGUUCAUGGUGGGAACAUGGGCUUCUUAACAGCUAGCUCUCCAUUUUCAGCUGGUGUGUUGCCAGAAACUGUCUCUUCUCGGGGUUCUACUACAACAGCCUUCCCACAACGGACCGAUCCUUGCAUGGCUAGAUCAGUUAGCAUGCAUGGCUGCUCUGAAACUCUUGCACCCUCAUCCCAAGAUGACAUCCAUGAAAGUAUUAAGGAUGCUGCUACUGAUCCUCAAGCUGUCUCAAGAAGGGAUAUGGCAACCCAGAUGAGUCCCGAGGGAAGCAUCCGCUUUUCCCCUGAUAGACAGUGUUCGUUCUCUCCCUCCUCUCCAUCAGCACUACCUAUUUCAGAACUACUUAAUGCUCAUUCCAACCGAGCAGAAGUCAAGGACUUAAAGGUUGAUGAGAAGGUAACCGUAACUCGCUGGUCAAAGAAGCACAGAGGUCUGUACCAUGGAAAUGGCUCAAAAAUGCGAGAUCACUUGCAUGGAAAAGCUAGGGACCCUCAAGAUUUCACAUGCGCAAAGACCAAAGAAGCUAGAAUCAUAUCUUGGGAAAAUUUGCAGAAAGCUAAGGCCGAGGCAGCAAUAAGAAAGCUAGAGAUGAAAUUGGAAAAGAAAAGAUCAUCAUCAAUGGAAAAGAUUAUGAGAAAAGUGAAAUCAGCAGAGAAGAGAGCGGAGGAGAUGAGGAGGUCGGUGGUAGACAAUAGAGUCUCAAACGCAUCCCAUGGUAAAGCUUCAUCUUUCAAAAGAUGUGGGAAGAAGAAGCUUCCUUCCCUUAGUGGUUGCUUCACCUGCCAUGUAUUCUAGUUGCCCUUUUUCGAAGAAAAAUACGGUAAAUGGAGACUCUUCACUCAUGCAUACGCUUAAUAUUUGGUGCUCUUAUUCCUACUUUGUAGUACUUUUGAUAGCUAAUAGCUGUUAAUUGAUUUUGAAUACAUGCGCUUAGUACAUUUGUAUGUUAGUUCAUAGCUGAGUAAAAUCCGAGGGAUGAGUCCACCCCUUUCCACCUUUGUUGGCCCGCCCCGGGGUGUUUAGAGGUGAAUUGAUCCCUUGAGAGGACAAAAUCUCCUUACUUACUGAUUACAUAUGCAUCAUUGUAUGAUUCAUGUUAAUGUUCUAAGCUUUACCCCAACUUUUCUAGUUUUCAUGUUCUUGACAAAAUGUAUUUGUAAUUUUUGCUUUAUACUACAUAUGUUGCUACA